AGAAAUUAACGUAUCGAGAGGGUAUGUUCCUACGUUUGAAAUACAAGCCGGCGCAAUGUCCGAAGCAUGAGAAUCUUGAACACUGUCCCAUCUUCUUAGACUAUUUAUCUUCCCUCAUAUUUAUCUUCCAAAGCAACAACAACCCCCUAAUCAAACCCUAGCAAAACACAAAAGGGGUAAACACCGAAAAACCUAUAGUCAUCUCCAUGUCUCUAGACUCUCACAUGGAGAAGGUUCUUUGGACCCAGGACCAGAUUCAGGACCGAGUGGCCCAGAUCGCCUCUCAAAUAACCCACGAUUUCAGGGCAGCUCCCCACCCUCCCAUCAUUGUGGGAGUCGCCACCGGCGCUUUCUUGUUCUUAGCCGAUCUUGUCAGGCGCAUCCAUCUCCCCAUCUCGGUUGACUUGGUUCGAGCUCAAUCUUAUGGCUUCGCUACUCUCUCUAAUGGAGCUCCCACCAUUUCCCUUGACUUGAAGCUUGACGUUAAGGGUAAACACGUCGUUUUGGUUGAGGAUAUUGUAGAUACGGGAUGCACUUUAUCCUGUCUCAUUGGACACUUGGAAUCAAAAGGAGCAUCCUCUGUAUCUGUCUGCACUUUUCUUGAUAAACCAGCAAGAAGGAAGGUUGAUAUUGAGCUAGUUGGGGAUGGCAAGUUCUACAAGGGAUUUGAGAAGCACCCCUGCACCCCAAGGGAGUCAGGGAGAUCUGACCAUGGCUGGCCGGCUUGAGAGAAAGGAAAAAGUGUCCAGAUUAUUUCGUUGUUGGUUAUGGAAUGGACUUUGCGGAACUAUAUAGGAACUUGCCUUAUGUUGGUGUCUUGAAGCCUGAACACUACAAGUGAUUUGAUUUAUCUCUGGCAUUUUGAGUAGAUGUAGAUCAGUUCAGGUCAUUUAGGAUUCAAGAAGCAGCCCCAUGAUAAUGUUGAAUUUAAAGAGUCUAAACCAUUGGUAUUAGCCUGGAGUAUAAGAUUUGGCAUUCCUUAUUUUAGAAGCCAAAGUGAUUGUAACCAAAGAAAGGAAAAUGCCAAAGUGAUUUAUAGGAAGAACAAAAAAUGUAUCCUGCACAUUCGCUUAUAUAGGUUUUUGCCAAUUUUAUUUGCUGAGUUCUAUACAUAAUAUCAUACACCUGGUUGGAUUGGAAAAUUUGCACACUUAUUGGGAUGAUGCAUAGUGUCUUUAAUUUGCAAAGUGAAUUCCCAUUAAUGGAUCAGUCAAGAAAAAGCAAAAAAAAGGUUUCUUCUCCCUGUAAUGCAGGGAUAAAUGGAUCAGUCAAGAAAAACAGAAGAAUGCUUUUGCUUUGUCUUUACUUUUUCAUAUUAGAUGAGUUUAUACUGUAAAGAAAGGUUGAGUCAGUUUUGGUGCCCAGUGAAGUGUCUUGGCAAGGUGACAGGUCUAUUUAGUUCCCCAUAAAAUAAGGGCUCUUAGCCAUCCACUUCCUAGAUGACAUCUAUUCUUCUGUUUGGUUUGUCUUUGUAGUAUAAGAAUGGCUAUUUCUUAACAGCACAUCUGGUUCAUGGAAUGGAAAAAAGAACAAUAGAAUAGUUAUCUUUUAAGAAUAAAAUAAAAUAAUUAUUAUAUAGUUUAAUUCUUUUUUGAAAGUUAUGCUUUGGAAUCAUUCUGUCUUCACUUUCAAGCAUGAAGUUUGGUAUGUUAGGAACCGAUGCCUUUAACUUUCUGCAAGACAUUCAAAGUUGAGCAAAUGCUUUAGUGCCUAAUUGGAUGGAAUGUAGUCUGUGGAAUUUAUUUUUAGGAAUGGUCUGGUUUUAGUCACAUGGAAUCUAUGAUAAACAAAUUUUAGGAGGCAAACAUCCCAUCUCCUGAAAGACGUUUAGCUCACGUAUUUAGAGUUUUUCAUUAUGUUCAUAUCCAGAAGGACUAAACUUGAACUUAGUUAAAAGUGUUUCUCAUAAAGUUGAGCAUCUCAAAAUGGAUUACCAAAUUUGUCACAAUUCAUCUCUGGCUGCUAAACUAACCUUAACCCCAGGCCCCGCCUUUUUUUUCCCUCAAGCACCAAAUAAAGUAAGAUAACCACAUGAGAUCAAUCAUCUCUCUUUUGGUUGUGACCUCUCAUUCUCUUCCAUUUUCUUUCCUUUGUAUUUGGUCACAGCUACAAUAUCAACAAAUUCAACAUAAUUUUUCCUCUAAACCGAAAUUUUUUUUAUACUUAUAUUGAUUACAUAAAAAUAUCAAAUGUAAGAAGUAUAUUUCAUUGACAUAUAUAUUUGUAAACAGUUGGAUUUAAAUUUGUAUUUUUAAUAAUUAUCAAGUUUUCAAGUAUUUUUACAUCCAGGAGACUUCAAAACCUCAUUCACACAUCAACUAAGCUUAUCAGCAUCUCCAAUGCUUGAGUGAAAGACAUUAGAGCAGCCCUUGGUUCCCUUGAAACCUGAAACUACAAACCCAUUCUUGAGAGGAUUUAAGUUACCCAAAUGGAAGCUUGAUGUUGGAAAUCAAAGUUAGGGUAAGAGACUCUCCAUUUAAGUUUCAAAUUUUAAGUUCAAAGGGUUUGUAGUGUUUAAAUUGUUAUAGCAGAUUUGAGACCUGAUUUGAGAAAGUUUUGAAGGCAAGCUUUUGAAUGAACUAAACCAUUAUCAGGGUAAGGCAAAUUGAAUUUCAAUUCUUGGUUGAUCACACUAGUUAAUUAUGGGUUGUGUAGAAAAGCUUUGAUAGCUUGAACUUAUAAAUGUCGUGUGCACGUGUUGUUACAAAGUUGUGAAAAAAUGAAAAGGAUUUGUGUAAAAGCUGCCAACCCGAGACCUAACACAAACAAUCAUUGAGGUGCUAAGUUGUAAUAAAGGUAAGAAUACUUGAUUUCUAUUGAGCUUUGAAUAUUAAAUCAUUGCCGGUCGUAUGUAUAAGUAGAUAGUCUUGGGAAUUAUACUAAGUAAAUGUGAAUUCUUGAUGAUUAGGAGAUUGUUUGAACUAGUGCCUUGGUUGCUAAACAAUGAUUGGCGAGAGUCACGGGUGAUUGGUACUUUGACCCGAAGCAUUCAACCUUUAAGGGCUUGGGUGGUGGUGGUUUGAACAUUGCUAGAGUCCUCGAUCGAAUCAAGCUUAAGCUAAGGAAGUGGUUUAGUAAUUGGUAAGAAUUUCUAUCAACAGAGGUGAGUGGACAAUUCUUUUUUAACUACUAUUAAAUAUUGAGUACAAUUAUAUCAAGUUUACUAGAUAGGCCCACUAUUAGAAAUUAUUCUAUCACGUUGAGUUGCAAUGCUGGUAUUUGAAUAAAAUCGGGUUGCAUGAGUUGUUAGUGACUAGGAAUGAUCACUAAUCAUGUUUAUAUUUUCUGUUUUUGUGGGCAUAUCAAAACUAUUAAGCUGUUUUACAAAAGGAAAACAAGCCCUUGAAAUAUGAUGAGAUUUUCAUUCCAUUUUGAAACGUUCAAGACUGUAUGUAUUCCAUUCCCAUAUAAAGGCCCUACAGUGGCCACUAAUGAGUUUUCCAA